AUGGCAUUCCCACAGUACUCGACAUCCACCUUCCAAGCCUGCGAUUCCUACUUUGUGGAAACCUAUGAUAAUGAUUAUCGACCAGCUCGACUCUGCCCCAAGGAACAUGCGAAGUUAGUUGCUCGCGAGCGCCAAUAUGCUAUGGCAGAUGAGAUGUCAAAAGCUGUGCGUGAAGAAUAUCAAGAAGAUAUCAUUGGGCACAUGCACAUGAUGGAUUCGGCCACUCUACCUGAUGUUGAUUCCAUCGAUAUUCAAACCGAGAUCCAGUGGUUUAUGAGACCGUAUCUUCUUGAUUUCUUAAUCGAAGCGCAUGCCGCCUUUCAACUGCUCCCUGCAACGCUGUUUUUGACUGUCAAUCUUCUAGACCGUUACUGCUCCAAGCGAGUUGUCUAUAAGCGACACUACCAACUUGUAGGGUGCGCAGCUCUACUGAUCGCGGCAAAAUAUGGAGAUAAGAAGGAACGUGUCCCAACGAUCAAGGAACUGAAGUCAAUGUGCUGUUCCCUCUAUGACGACGACAUGUUUGCUCAAAUGGAGUGGCAUGUGCUUCAGACACUUAGUUGGUCAAUUGGCCAUCCCACAGUUGACAGCUUUCUACAGGUUGCAGUUAUUGACUCUCAAUAUGACCCCGAAGUAGAGCACCUUUCUUUGUACAUUCUAGAGAUCGCUCUCUUCCAUCGGGACUUCGUUUCGAAACUUUCAGGAGACCUUGCACGGGCCUCCCUGGCACUCGCACGAUGUAUCCUCAACCGCGCACAGGCACCACAUAAUCAUUGGGCCGCUAACUAUGAUUCGAUGACGUUGGUAAAUUUGUCUCAACAUUUAUUUCAACCAUCGCACGUCCUUGCCAGAAAAUAUGCAUCGGCACAUUAUUCUCGCGUCUCCAAGGUACUGGAACAAUUCCUGUCUCGCCAAAAUUCCUUUUCGAAGGCAUAUACACCUCCCACUCCGCCAUCAGAUAGGGUGGACAACGCCAAACCCUACGAAAGCGAGGUUGGCCUGGCCACACCCCAGAAGCCUCCAUGCCCGCGCUCGAUGACAAAUGGUUAUAUCACUCCUCCAAUAACCCCGGAAAACGACGCAUUUGCAGUUACAAGUAAUCCUAUUGGAACGAAAGAUUCAUGCAGCGUUUUAUACUCUUGUCCGGCAUCGCCCAGCCCGCAGCAAACGAUACAUUACGGCCAGGCACAUCAUUAUAAAAUCCAGGAAACGGAUGGAUAUUCUCAGCACUUGCGGUUUCAAACAUCAUCUGUCUCCUACAACCCUGUAUUCUAG